AUGCUCAUGCUAUCAAAUUAUUUUAAGUUAAACACUGGAACAUAUUAGCACUUUAUUUUAUGGAAAUCAACAAUGACCAUUGUAUCCUUAUAUUAAUGUUUCGAUAUUGUAUUAACCAUUACCGAAGCUUUAAAUUAUGAGAUAGAGGGAUAAAAAUUAAUUUUCAUCUAUCGCAUAAUGGUAAUUAUAUAAAUAAUUCACCUAGAUCUAAGUAUUUUUAAUAAUUGCUUUUCAUUUAGCAAUGAGUAAGUUGAAGAGAGAAACUACUUUAUUAAUUAAUAUAAUCACAUUACUUAAAUAUUUCAGUCUAAUUAUUUUAUGGUGUGAAACUAAUUAUGACAUACAUUUUACAAGUGAGUAUGAUCAAAGAAGUUAUACUUUUGAAAUUUAUGGAAUUAUGAUACUAUUUUUAAUUGCAAUUGAAUCCUAAUUCUGUAGAACUCUUAUAAUUAUUUUUUCUCUCUUUUAUUCUCUCUUCAGGUAUCAUUAAUAAAAUUAUUAACUAUAGAUUUCCUGCUUUUACUAAUAAUAUAGAAGUUAUUGGAUCUGUAAGGAUUAUUUUUGGACAUGCAACAAUCUAAUCUUUACUGAUCUAUUAUUUAUAUCAAACUUAACAUUCAAAUGAAGCAUUCGUUUCUAAAAAUUUAACUCCUUUACUUACCUAAAGAGCUAUUCUUACAAAUACUUAAAGAGAAAUGACUGAACCUUAAAUAAAAAAAAAUAACAUUUAGGAUUAACCAAAUGAUGAAUUUGAAAAUCUCAAUAACUUAAAAUAGUUAGAAGAACAGUAUGAAUUGCUAUUAAUUAACUUUUAAUGUGGAAUAUACAUUUUUGAAAAUCCUUAGUAACCUAUAAGAAUUAUUAAUUCAUUUAUGUCACAUAUUGUUUUAAUCAAUAAUGAAUUAUUAAAUCCAGAAUUGACUCAACUUGAAUUAUAUGAUUUUGGUUUACUUUAAGAAGAAUCAUGUACCAUAUUACCUAGUUUUCAUAGAAGCAAAGAUAUCAGUCAUUUUAUCAAAUUCACUUAAACUCUUGAGUAUUAAUAUAUUAAUGUAUUUGAACAUAGAACAUUUCAUUUGAAAAUUUUUAAACUGAUGAAAAAAAAGAAAUUCAAUUUUUUUGCAGAAAAAUGUAAGUACAAACCUUAAUAGAACAUUUGCUUGCUUUUUCUCAUAUAAAAUUUAAUUUAACAAAUUUUGCUUUAGAUUUUUCAUUAAAAAUAUAUUUACGAAAAGGUAAUUUAAAAAAAACUAUUUAAGAUAAACUUUAUACCUAAGUAAUUUUAAAUCCUGUAAUUAUCUAAAACAAACCUUAGAUAAUAUUAUACAUAAAUGAUUUAACUGAAGAACCAUUUAUUCUAUAAUUAUAAUAAUGUUUAAAAAAUAGUGAUGAAAUAAUUCAAACUAUUUCAUAAAAGAUCAAAGAACCAUUAAAUUGUACUCUAUCAAUGUUAGAAUUGGUCUAAGUAAUAAUUUUAUAUUAUUGUAAAAUAGAAAGAAGUUAAUUAAGAUUUAUAAACUAAAUAUAUAGAUCCAGCAUUAGCAGGAUGUAAAUUAUUGAUAAGUACUGCAAAUGACAUUUAGGAUUAUGUUACUUUACAUAAAAAAUUUAAAUUAGAUCGUAGUUUAAUGGAUAUUCACACAAGAGAAUUUGUUUCAGAUUGUUUAAACAUCAUUAAAGCUUAAGCAUUAUUUAGAGGACUUAAUAUAUAAUUACACAUUAAACAAAAUGUUCCAAUGUUUUUACGAACUGAUCCUAAUAGAGUUAGAUAAAUAUUGUUGAAUUUGUUAAGUAAUAAUAUAAUCAAAUUUAAGUAAAAUCUAUCUAAGUUACAAUUAAUGGAAGCAUAGAAAUUUCAUGUUAAAAAUCACCUUUGUUAGCUGAUCAUAUUGAAAUAAUUAUAAAAGUUAUGGCUUAAAGUAUAAAUGAAGGGAUUUUAGAUGAUGUUGAAUAAACAUUAAAACAUUUAAAACAAUAGACUUUAGUUAGUAAAUAAGUAAUAGAUAUUGUUGCAACAUCAAAAUAAUAUUCUUUUUCUAUCAUAACAGCAUUUUAUAUAUCUUUAGCUGUAGCUAUUAUGCCUUUUGAAUUUAAUUCCAUAAAAACUGAGGAUGGUACUUAGUUUUAUUUUAUUUUGUUGAUUAAGAAUGAAAAUCCUAAUUUUAAUAAAUAACUAACAUAAAAAAGAUAAUCUGCAUUAGUUGCUAAUAAAUCUUAAUAUCAUUAAGUAUUUGGUUAAAGUAGCUAAUUUAAAAGACAUUAGUCAUAAAGAUUAACAGAAAUAAGUAGAAUAUAAGUAUAAGAAAAAUUAAAAAAAAUGAAAAGAGAAUCUUAAGAAGAAACCAUAUCAGGUAAAAUUGAUCCUUAAUUACCAUAAUUUGGAUAGUCUGAAUAAUCUGAUAAUCAAUAACCUAUAAAAUCUUACUCUGUUUCUUAAAUCUCUGAAUAAGAUGAUUCAUAAUAGAGUUCCUCAUCAUAAGACUCAAAGGAUGAAAUGAAUAAAGCAGAAUUUGAUGGUGAAAUAUUGUCUAGUAAAUCAUCACUUUAAAUAAAUGAAAAAAUCGAGAAAAUAGAAAAGUAACAAAAGCCUUCUUAAUUUCUUGAAACUAUCAUACGUGUUAAAGAACCAAAAGCAAGAAAAAUAUCUGUUAGUAUAAUAUAAUCAAGACUAAGUCCAUAAGUAUCACAUGUAUCACAAUAAAGAGAUUCAUUACUUACUUUUGGAGGUCGUUCAUCUGUAUACUCUUCAAUGAGAUUAUCAUCAGUAAAUUUAGGUCCAAAUGAAUUAUUAGAUUGUUUUGAAAAAAUGGAAAGAAUUAAAUAAUAAUAAUUCAUUUACAAAUGUUAAGUAAAUAAAUUAAUUUUAUUUUAGUGUCCAAAAAUUUUGAUCUGUGAAUAGAAUGAUUUUGAUUUAUAUGCUAUAUCACAUUAACUAAGUAACCUCAAAAUUCCAUAUAUUUAUACAAUGUAAAGAAUGCAUAUUGUAGACUAACUAAAGAAAUAAUUUUCACAAUUUAAAACUUGUUGUAAAGGAUAUCAUAUUGUAUUUGUUGGAGUUGAGUUUGUAAAUGAUUAAUUAAGUUCUGAUUGUGCUAACAUAAAGUCUGUGCUUUCAGAAUAUUAAAAAGAUACAAGACUAAUUGGAUUGAUUGGAUUUUAAGAUGAAGAUAGUAAAAUGGCUAUAAAGAAAUUGGCCUUUCAUGAUUGCUUGUAAAAACCUAUCAUGAUUGAUGCUUUGUUAUUUAUUUUAGCUAAAUGGGUUAAAUUGUGA